CCUAUUGCUCUGAAAAGUAUUCCAUGCGAAAGAGCACACUCAAAAACCUAUUUUUACUGAGUUUUAAGUUGAUUGGAUGCAUUUAAACCCAAAUGUCCGCCUGCCUAGCCAAAAUUGCCCACUGUGUUUUGGUGGUAUGAUCAAAACUUUCCGCGAACAUCAUAAUUUUUUCGCUAAUGAAUUUUAUUUAAAAAGAUCAAAUUUAUAUCCCGAUCGAGCUAUAUAUUUUUUUACUAUAUUCGAUCUGGAUAUAGAGCAUGAGACUGUACUACAAGAGGUGCCAGCAAGAGCUAUUGAGGUGACUGGAAGGAACACUCAAUGAAUUGCUCUAAAUUAUGUUUCGAAUUGUUCAACGUAUGUUGAACAGUGUUAGUGGCUCUUCCCACCACCUCCAGUAGGUGUCAAUAGCCCUUGCUGACACCGUCGGUGGUGUCAGCAGCCAUUUCGUUUAAUUUUUGAUAAAAAGGAAUCAAAUCCAUCUCUUAAUCAAUUAGUAUCUAAAUUAUUAUGUGUACCAAAUAAAGGCUUUGCACCCUUUUUCCCCAAGUGAUUCUCCUGAGGAAACAAAAAAUAUUUUCAAAAGUUAUCGCUAAAUUUUCGGAAAAAAGUAAAUUAAGUAAGUACUCGCUAAAAACACGCAUGUUUCUUCCACUUUUUACAUUAAUUAUAGUAAUUAAUUAUAACAUUUUGAAGACAUUUUUCACUUGAAAUUACCAAAACAAUGAUAAACUAGUGCAAAAACUCUUUUCGCCUAAAAGCAGUUUACCGAUUGAUUCAAAAGAGUUAAAUUUUUUCAAGGUAUAUAACAUUGUUAGAAAAUAUAAAAUAUGACAAAGUAUACCCUCUACAGCUGUACUCUUCGAAAGCAUGUCCGACUUGUUGCCAUCUGAGAAAUAACUAUAAACUUACUCCAUAUAAAAAGUGAUCUAUGCUUGGAAGAAUUCAACUCGAUUUAUCGAACAGUAAUUAAAUUCAUCAAACCAUCAUAGCACUCUGACACUGGACACCUACGCACUUAAGCAUACAAACACAAAAUGACUCUCUACUUAGUUCAUCAUUCUUUUGUUGCACUUUUCUGUUUUUCUCCUUCGUCUAUGUAAGAUUAAUUUCAGAUUUCACACAAAGCCUUCCAGUGAUUCCAAAUUUCGGAAUAAGUUAAACAGGUUUUGCUUCUUUUUUAAUUUGUGUUCUCCUUUUUGAUAAAACCUUAACUAAAACUAAAUAAAAAUAAGCAAGAUAAUAUGGUACGGAAGCCUUAGAUUAAUAAUUGACUUUAGUGAGAAAUCAGAAAAGGAGACCAUGUGUACGUUACAUGUAGGUGAUCUAAAAGAAAUGAGAUUUCAAAAUUUCGUGGAAAGAUGUAAAACUAGUGAUUUAUAGUUUCAAUCGAAAAAUAUAAUAUAAUUAAGAUGACUGACAUUUACUUUGGCAUGUAAGCACUUUAGAAAUAUUGAACGAUAAACUACAAAAUAAAAAUAUGAAAUUACAAAAUGAGUUUCAAGAUUACAUUCGGUACAUUCUUUUUUUUGUCCUCUAUAAAAACAUCAAAAAGUGUAAUGACAUUUUUGGUUUAUAUUAGUUUCAUAUUAAUCAUUGAAUGAAGUGGACGCUUGACCUACUAUAAUGCUAACAAUAGCUUUUAUUCUGUUUUUGCCAACUCUCAUUUAUUCAAGCCAUUUUAACGGUGGCACGAUAACAUGGCGACCUGCAAAUAAGACAGCAACAGGCAGUCCAGUUGAAAUUAUUAUUACACAAAUAUAUUCUUGGAGUUCUGGUAAAAUAUAUUGCACAGAUGCAAUGAUAGUAAAUGAACAAGCAAUUGAUUGUACAACAUAUAACAGUGGUUAUUUUUCUGGUUUGAAAACACAAACAUUAAAUUGCAUUGGUACAUGUUCGUAUGUAGCGGGGGGAAACGCUCAAGGAUAUAAUAAAAGCACACUUAUUAUACCCUAUUGUACAGACACUAAUCCUAUUAUGGGUACAAAUAUUGGUCAACGUUCAGAUGAAGAAUUAUUAUAUGUUAAUGAUGAUUUUAAUGUUGCUUUUCAAUCUACAUCACCUAUGUCUUGGAUUGCUUUAGCAUUGGGACCGUCGAAUCCUGUUUGGUCUAUAUCAUGUAAUAUUGAUUUACAUUUGAGACCAGAUGGUUAUUAUAAUACUGCACCUGUGGCCACAAUGAUGUCACCCAUAAAUAUACAAAAGAACGUUCAAGAAACUAUUACAAUACCAGUGAGUGAUGCGAAUGACGGUGAUAUUCUUAAAUGUCGAUGGGCAUCUGGCACAAGUGAAUGUGGAGAUGCAUGUCCACCGAGCUCAUUACCAACAGGCACAACAUUAACAGACUGUACAAUUACAAUUACCGGAACGGUGAACAAUGGAUACUAUGCUAUAGCAGUAAUGGUAGAAGAUUAUUAUAAUAGUUCCAGCACGUCCCCGAUGAGUUCCGUACCUGUUCAGUUUCUUCUCAAAGUUGUAACACCCACAACAUGCGCAACUGAUCCAUACACUUAUGGAAUUCUUCCUGAUUUGUCAUGUACGCCAGCACAAGUUUCUGUACCAUUUAACACUACAAUAUACGUCAAGAACAAUUGCCCAGUUCAGUUACGACGUCAACUACAUCUACGGCGACUACUACGUCAGCAACAACAUCAACAACCGCAACAUCAACAACAACAAGUACAACUUCCACAAGCACUUCAUCGACAAGUACGAGUACGAGUACCACAUCUACAACAGACACUACGUCUUCAACAUCCACCUCGACGUGAGUUAUUACGAGAUUUUGUACAACUACUACAAGCACUUCAUCGACAAGUACGAGUACGAGUACCACAUCUACAACGAGCACUACUACGUCAACAUCCACCUCGACGUGAGUUAUUACGAGAUUUUGAACUUCCACGACCUCAACAAGCACGUCCUCAACGUCUAGUACAAGUCACAAUUCAGCCUUAUUUGCCAUUGAUUAUUUUGUCUGGAUUAGGCGUCUUGGCUUUACUAAGCUGUUGUCUCUAUUGUUUGUGUCGUUAUUGUUGUUGUCCUUAUGUAGCUGCAAAAAAGAAAAAAGCUAAAGACUUUGAUUUCUAUUACAUCGGUGUAGGAGACGAAACGCUUGUUAAAUCAACAUCUCUAAUAAACUUUGACGAAUCGUAUACGUCAGUCGAUGGUUUAUUGACACCGGAAACCGAUAAAUUCCCAAAACGGUCGGCUAUAUUCCAAAUACCGGACGAUAAUUAUGAUGCAAUACGACAACAAAGUGCAAGCAGUGGCUAUUCAUCAAUAGAUCUGAACGUCAGCCCCGAUCUCAAUAAAUCAUCAGCUUUAAACGCCGAUGACAUAAUUGAAACAUCGAAAAGUAGUGUAAGUGUGAUAAGAGUAAAUAGAUACAAACGAAAUGACAGUACUGAGCCGUUCGGUAAUUCUUCAAUAAAUUCACCAAAUACGCCUAAAGUUGACCUUGGGCCUCAAAUAGAAAGUGUUACAACAAAUCGUCCUGUUACAGUUAGUAAAAUUAAACGACAGAAGUCUUCAAGCACAUGUAAUCGUCUUUCUGAUCAAAAUAUUAUUAAUAUAAACAAUGUAAAAAGUAGAAAUAGCAUUGUUUCGCAGGCAGCCAUACAUCUAAAUCUUUUGACCUCUCCACAACCCAGAUCGUCCGAUAGCUCUGUCAGUGUAUUUAAAUUGAAAAAACUUAAAACUAGUCCACUAUCGUUAUCUAAAAAUGAUCCAAGGCCUAGUAUAAUUGAAACUAUUCACCUUCCACCGAAACAACAGCUCACAUCGACAACACCCGCAAAGAAUAUGGUCACUGCUGUAAAAUUACCAAGGACGGACGCGGCAAAAAGUGAAAAAUCAACAACACUACCAUCGACAACACCACGUUUGCGGGCAAAAUCAUUUGAAGGAAUUAGCAAUAAUAAUACUGAUCUACAACCUAAAUCUCCCGAUAGCGCUGUCAGUGUAUUUAAAUUGAAAAAACUUAAAACUAGUCCACCAUCAUUAUCUAAAAAUGAUCCAACUCCUAGUAUAAUUGAAACUAUAGAGCUUCCACCGAAACAACCGCUCGCAUCGACAACACCCACAAAGAAUAUGAUCACUGUUGUAAAACUGCCAAGAGCAGACACGACAAAAAGUGAAAAUUUAACAAUGCUACCAUCGACAUCACAACGUUCGCGGGCAAAAUCAUUUGAAGGGAUUAGCUAUAAUAAUACUGAUCCACCAAAAACUAAUCGUCAAAUCACUGCCGUUGGAAUAAAGCGUAUAGAAUAUACUGUGCCAAAAGAAGAGCAUAAAAGUGCCACUGUUAUCAGACUGCCGCGAACUGCUACUGUAAUAAACCACAGCACAAGUUCUUCAACGCCAGAAACAGCAUCUGGAGUAGAAAAUAUUAACUGA